GGACGAACAACUGUGACAGUGGAAAUGGAUUUGGGAAGAGAAACGGGGAAAUAGACCAGGAUUGAGAGAAGAGAAGUGAACCAGAUGCCAAAAAGAGUAAGAGUGAAGGCGAAAGAAAAUUGAGAGAUCAGUAUACCAAAGUACACCAAGUAAGAGUCUGCUUGGAGCAAGGACUGAGCACUUUGGGUGGACCCAUCGCUAGAAAGACCAUCACCGCUACCAUGUACAGUGGAUAUGGAGGGAGUCCAUCCCGAGCUCUCUCCACCAUGUCGCUGUCCGUUCGCCCAGUCAGACGCCUCACCUCCAGAGUCAUCACUAGGAGCCAGAGCUUCACUGGAGUCAACACCUACGACAAGCCUUACAGGAACCUCUCCGUGUUCAGCACUCCAGGUCUCAGCAGGAAGCCUAGCAGAGCCAGCAGGAUGUUUACUGUGUCCACCAAGUCCAACCCACCACCUAAAGUUCCUCAACCAGAACGACUAGAUCAGGUUUACGAGGCACUGAAGAAAGGCCUUCAGUCUUACCUGCAGGUUCAUCAGAUGGACUUAGACAGCCUCAGCAGACAGAUGAAAGAAUCAAAGAGGAAUUCCAGACUGGGUUUCCUGUACGAACUGGACAAGCAAGUGAAAGUGACUGAGAGGUACAUAAGACGACUGGAGUUUCACCUCAGCAAGAUUGAGGAGCUAUAUGAAGCCUACUGCCUGCAGAGGAGACUCAGGGACGGAGCCAACAAGAUGGUGAAGGCAUACACUGCCUCUCCAGGCAGUAAGGAGGCCAGGGAGAGUUUAGGAGAAGCCAAUAAAGGAUACAAAGAGUACACAGAGAACAUGUGUGUGUUAGAGAGCGAGUUGGAGAACCAGCUGGGAGAGUUCCACAUUAAGAUGAAAGGUCUGGCAGGAUUUGCUAGAUUGUGUGCUGGUGACCAGUAUGAGAUCUUUAUGAAGUAUGGGCGGCAACGGUGGAAGCUCCGAGGCAGAAUAGAGAUCAAUGCCAAACAAGUGUGGGACAGUGAAGACAUGGUGUUUCUGCCGCUCAUCAGUGAGUUCCUCUCUGUGAAGGUGACAGAGCUGAAAAGCUUAGCCAAUCACAUAGUUGUAGGAAGUGUUUCCUGCGAGACUAAGGACCUGUUUGCUGCACUACCCCAGUCAGUUGCUGUUGAUAUAAAUGACCUUGGGACGAUUAAGCUAAGCCUUGAAGUCACCUGGAAUCCAUUUGAUAAAGAUGACCAAGGGUCAGUGGCAAGCACUGUCACCAAAGUUCCAACCGCCAGUAAGAGAUUCUCAACAAUCUUUAACCAGAGUCCACCUGACACGCCGUCUUUACGUGAACAAGCCUUCUAUUCUCUGCCUCGGAGUCUGACCAGGCGGCAGCACUGGCCACUGCUGGACAUCUUCAGAGACACACUUAGCCAGAGCUGUUCCUGUAGUGACAACUCACCAACAAGACAGCCCACUGCUAACAUGCUCCGCCGGCAUGAAGAGAAUGGAACCGCAUGGUCUAAUUCAUCUGAAUCUUCUGAUGACUCCUCCAGUCCUCAGCUGUCUGUGGGAGGGCUACGCAACUUUACACAUCAUAAGGCGGUGCUGGUGACAUCAGAGAUCCAGCCAGCUGAAACUGGAAGUUCUUCCCUACAGCCUGACAUCUCAUUUUGCCCCAGAGAUUCCUCCUCCACAACUCAGAACCCUGCCCACAAGGGCAGGACUGUCAGUGAGGUUCCCAGCAUAUCCAGAUACCAAGCAGAGAGCAACAGGGAAGAGGAGAAGGGGACAGUCACUGUAAUGACAAAAGCUGACAGUGUGGAGGAAGAGGAUGGAGGGAAACCGUCUUCCAUAUCCACAGUGGAGGAGGUGGUGACCAACAACCACACCUCACGCAGCUACUUGCGCUCUUUGAGCCACAUUAGUGAAAGCAGUGCUGAUGGCAUUGUAUUGAUGGACAGGUCAGCUGGCCAAUCAGGGGAGGUGAUGUCUUUGGCCUCCGGGCUCUCCAUCAAUGACAUUGAAAUGGAGGUGCCCAGCAGAACUCCUGAGCUGCCCAGAUUUGCUGCCACAGACACUAACCUGUCACAAACGAGGAUAGGUGUCGUCAAAGAAAACACAACAUCUGACGUUGUGACAGAUCAACAUCAACAUAGGAAGCAACAGGAUACAUCCAACUGUGUCCUCACAUCCUCCUCUCCCAAGACUGAAGCAGUGAGCCCCAACAUUCCAUCACAAGUGAACACAUACCCAUACCUAGAGUGCAACACCCUCCCAGACGGCACAGAUGUGAUGUAUGUAGCCCAGCGGGUGUCAGUGGAGGAGGAGAUGCCAGGUGCAGGACCAGAUUGUCUGUCCAAAGAGAGUGAUGGUCCCGUGGACAGUGGGUUGGAAGACGCCCUCGGAGCUGUAGUUUCCUCUCUGGAUGAUUACAGAGGACAGUUCCCUGAGUUACAACAACUGGAACAAGAGCUGAAGCUGCUGCAGGUUACACUGAAGGGUGGUAGGCAUAGCCGUUCACCCAGUGUGGUCAGCCUCGCAGUGGAAACAGCUCUGGGCAGCUUUGACUUCCUCAACAUGUCUGACUGGGAGGAGGAAGAGGAGGAGAAGGGCCACAAGAGGAGUAGAAAUGGCAGGUCUCUUCAGGACAGAGGCUGGGACAGCCCCUCCUACCCCACCUCUCCCCUCACCACAGGCUGCACCUCUCUAGACUGCUCCCUGAUUGCCCACCUGAAGAACUGCAGCACACAGCUGUUGUGUCUGGGUACGUUUGGUCCUCUGCGGUGUGGAGAGAUGUACGCCUUAGACAGACUGCUGAGAGAGGCUCAAGUCCUGGAAAUCAUCAGACGCAUCAUCAAGGACAACCCAAGAUGCCUCAGACAGCUUGCUGAAGUGGUACCACAGCUGGGCCUGUGCCUGGGUGCUAUGUCACUAUGGCAACAGUGUGUGGGCCAGGGCAGUGUGUACAGCGUGUCUGCUGAGAGCUUCCUGGUUACGCUGUCUGCAGUCUACUCCAGCAUUCUGCCUGAGAGGGCCAGUAACAUGGCUGACACAGUGUUCUGGUGUCUAGUCGAGCGAGUGCUGGAUCAGAGAUUACCCCGGCGAGACAGCAACAGAGACAGAGUUAUGGUGACGCUGUUUCAGCUGUGGAGUUACUUGGAGGCCAACGGCAUCAGUGACAUGGAAACGCACAUUACUGAGCUGGCAGAAGAAGUGUGGUUGGUGCAGAGCCUGGCAUCAUGUGACCAGGAUGUGAUAGUCCACUCUCUCCGGCAUCCUGCAGAGUGCAGCCUGAGGAGGGAAGGAAUUCACGCUGUAGCCAAAUUACUGAAAGACCCACGAGGCAAAGUGUCAGCCUCUGCCAGCUCUGUGCUGAGAAGCCUAGCUGCCCAGCCUAGACAGAGGGAGCAGGCUUUGGUCAGCUCUUUGGAGCUGCUUGAAGAUGAGAAUGUGGACAACAGAGUCUGUGGAUGCAAGGCCUUAGCUUGUCUCAAGGCCAAAGAAAGUAUCGACCAGUUAGUGUAUCUUUGUCGGACAGACAAGGAGGAAGUCCGAGAUGCUGCCAAACAAGCACUGCUAGUGCUCGGUGAGGAGGGGAAGAUGGCCCACCGACACGUGGAGACGUCUCAGGACAGCAUUCCGAGACUCUUCGCUCCAGGAAGCAUGGCCAGCACAGCUUUCUAACACUACAUACACGGAGUUACACAAAGUCAGCAACACAGAAUGAAUGUUGUGCUUUGACACAAUGUCAUGAGAAUAUACAGAAUGCUGUUAUUCUACCAUAUUAUGACCACUGACGCGUACAAAGACAAAUAUAAUAUAUGAUACACAGUAAAUACACUGACAGAGAGGUUGAAAUAAAACUCUCAUCAAAGACAGCAACUCCACUUAACACUGGGCAAAUAAUAGUCUGUAAGCUACAAACAGGAUUAUGUUUAUCAGCCUGUGCUAACUGCUCUGUACAAUGUGAGCAGGCUUGAAUGGAAGGAUGGAUAAAGGGAGAAGUAGAUGGAUGAAAAGGAUAUACAGAAGGAAGAAGAUGUGGAGGAGUUAAGAGAGCAGGGAGGAACAUGUCUGUGUUGGCUUGAGUCAUUUUCAAGUCAAAUUGCUGGACAGACUCUUUGCCAUUGCAGUCAUGAGAAAUUCAUUAUUAAAAGUAGUCUAGAAGCUAUUUAAAGUCACUUUGUUUGAUGAUUUCCAUAUUUAGAGCCUACUAAGUACCCAAAAAUGUACAAAAUGUUGAGUUUCUUGUCUUUGUGAUACAUUUUAUUACUUUGGCUCUCUGUGGUUUUGACUUUGACAUGAUGAAACAGUAGGCAUACAUAGAGUAAAUAUCCCAUUACACAGAAUGCUAACCCUACCAUUGUUUAAAACCACUUUUCUGAAUGGAUACUGCUCUCUCUAGUUUAGGCUAAUAGGUUUUUUGAACAAUCCUGCUCCAGAUGGACAGUUUGUUCUGUGAACUGACAUGACUGAAAACUGAAUAUGAAUGACAGUCAAUGACUUUUCUCAAACAGUUCUGCCUUUACUAUAGCAACUGACUCUAAUUAUGCUUGUUGAUUUAAAAUGUUGCCUGAUAGCUAUGGUUACCUGUCUGCAGUAGGCUACUUGCACCAAGACUAUUCAUAGUUUUCAGUCACGUGACAUGCGCGGUGACCUGGAGGGCCGACAUUUUCGGUUUAAAGCCAGUAUUUGGAUCACCUUACAUCUUAAGAAAAAGAAUGAUAUAAACACAAACUGCAAGUGUUGGGCUAUAACGUUACAGCAUCCGCUGUGGCAUUUCUACCGUUAAAAACCGCCAGGUCCCUGCCACCACUCAACUGCGGUUAUGUUAUUUUGACCUUCUGGGGAAUCCCUCACCUAACACAGCUCAGGCUUGUCUCCUCCUCGAUUACAACCAUCCUGCAUUUUGGCAACACAAAAGUAACAAACUGAAAGUAACAGUGUAUCACUUGUUUCCUGGUUGGCAGGCAGCGGAAAAUAACGUCUUUUGUGCCCUCCAAGGGAGUGUUUUCCACGUCACAGCAAAUGCGACGUCAAGUGAAGACUAUGAAUAGUCAAGAACACUUAAGACAAGUUGAAGUCUGAAUGGUUUUUAGAUUAAGUCCAGAUGAAACCAAAUCAAGACCGAGACCAAAAAAAUACGGUGCCCGUUCACUAUUCUCCAUACUGUUGUCUCAUUGUUUGUAAAUCUGCCUAAACAUUGCUUUAUUUGCUAACCGUGAUUUCUGAUAACUACUCUUAUAAAUAAUCAAAUAGUAUUCGAAUAGUAUUAUGCUGUCCACAUAUACAGUAUAUGCACAAACCUCCAUGUUUAAAAUGAGGAUGCUUGGUUGAAACAUGGCAAGGAUACAAAUAAGUGAGUGACUUAAUAAGUACUUGUCACUGACACAGUUAAGAAUUUAGUGUCUCCGGAGAACUGACAGCAGAACUACAGGCAGCUAGAAGGCAAUCACACCCACACGACUGAGAGAUAAUUGAAAACACAUUUCAAGACCAGACUAAAGCCUGAGACCAGACUUGAGUACUACACCCCUGACUUUCCACACUCCACAUGCUGUACUCCAGCAUGGAUACAGUGAAACUGUAGAGGAAGUCACCGUGCCCACACUUGAUUGCUGCAUAGAGACUGUGAUUAGUGAAAAAGCAUUGCUUUGUUGUUAAAAUAUAGAUAUUCUGACUUUAUUCAUGUCCAUAUAUUUUCAUUGCAGGAACAACUGACUAUUGAGACAGUGAACUAAUUCGAUCCAUAGGGACAGAAACAUCACUGAAGUAUUGGUUUAAAGGAUAAGUGUGGAUAUAUUUCAAAUCUCUUAUUUGACUUUAGCAUUAGUGGUUACCGUAGUCAUUGUUCCUCUAUGUUAUGACUAUGAGCUUUGUAGCAUGACUGCUUUGUGGCCUGACUUCAAACAAACUACUUUGUACAAUGUGUCGUCUGACUAACUGUUCUGAAUGGCCUCACUUGGAGGUGGUGUAAAAAGCCUGCCAUCAUAACCUCCUUGCUGCAUCCCCAUGCUUCUCUGAUCUCUCUCCAAGAACUCUGUGUUUUGUGUAUAUCUGUGUUCUUGACACAAUGAACUGUACAAAUAGGGAUAAUGUUGCACAGUUUCAGGUAUUCAUGUUGUUGCACAUGUUUGUUACACACAAAGUGUGACAGAAGUAAUUGUGUGAAGAAACACCUCCAAACACAAGGCCAAUCACUGCAUGAGGUGGGUGUGAUUGUCAGGCUAUGAGGUUAAGAAACUACUAAACUUGUAGGACGCAAAGUGGGUUUCAAAUGCUGUAAGAGUGACAACCACUUUGUUAUUUGUUUGAAGCAUACGAGAUUAAGAGAUGGAGUACAAAAUACACAGUCCUGCCUUCGUGCAAAAAUGCAUUCUUAUGUCAGAACGAGGCUGAGCGGUCUGACCACUAAACAAAUAUAGAAUACAUCUUGAAGAUUCUUAUUUUUGAAUGCAAACUAGUACUUGUUCCUACUGAGUUGAACUUGUUGCAUCAUAGAGUGAGCAUCAAGAUAAUUUAGAGGUUGACCUCAGAGUGUCCUGUAGGUCAUAGGACUGUUUGGAGGAGAAGGGGAGCUAAAGAAGUUAAUGAAAGUUUUAAUGGAUUUUAUUUGUGGAUUCGAUUUGAAAAUAUGUUAUAUGUUCUAUCACAUGGACCUGGAACUGCUCAGGAUGCCAUAUUGUGGGUGAGAGGCAGGGAGGGUGCUCUGGAUACUAUAGAUUCAGAAGCACAAACAGCUGCAGUCAUUACCAGCAGCAUACUAUCACAGAUAACUGAAAAGACUGCUUUCUAUCCCAUAUCUGCAACACUGCUGCUGGCUUAUUAACUGUGAACUGUCUUCCAAAGUCAAAGAUAAAAAGUGACAGCUUUGUCUCGCAGGCGGUGAUGUUACACUGCAGUUCAGUAUAAAGGUUUAGGACUGUAGAAAACAUGUUAAAAUGCUUCUGCACAGAGAAUGAUUUAAGCAAUUCAGUGCCAUUACUCUUCACAAUUAUUCUUUAUGGAAAAACAUUUGACUAUAUGCCACUGGAAUUCAAUUCAAUCUGUGAUUGUAAAUAGUUUUAUCUUAGCAGAGUCUUAAUUUGUAAAUGUAUACUUUGUUUUAUGAAAUGCAUCUUAACUGUUUUAAUGA